AAAAAAACAACCCAAACCAAGAAGCUACUUCACGCAUGCGCAGUGACACAAUAAAUGCUAGCAGAGCAGAAUGGAUGUGUCUGACAUUAAAAACUUGAUUGACAGCUCGUAAACCUGCUGAUUUAAGCUCGACAUGGGAAAAGGCUGUAAAGUGGUGGUGUGUGGACAGGCGGCGGUGGGAAAGACUGCCAUACUGGAGCAGCUGCUGUACGGAAACCACUCUGUAGGCUCUGAGUCCAGUGAGACGCAGGAGGAUGUGUACGUGGCCUCGGUGGAAACGGACCGCGGGGUGAAGGAGCAGCUGAGGCUUUACGACACCAAGGGUCUGCACGACGGACAGGAUCUCCCCAAACACUACUACUCUGUGGCGGACGGCUUCGUGCUCGUCUACAGCGUGGACAGCGUGGAGUCCUUCAAGAAGGUGGACGUCCUGAAGAAGGAGAUAGACAAGUCCAGAGAUAAGAAAGAGGUGACGGUCAUCGUUCUCGGGAAUAAGACGGACCUGCGGGAGCGCCGUCAGGUGGAGCCGGAGGCGGCGCAGCAGUGGGCUCGAGGCGAGAAGGUGAAGCUGUGGGAAGUGAGCGUCACCGAACGCAACUCCCUCAUCGAGCCGUUUACGCAGCUGACCAGCCGCCUCACGCAGCCGCAGAGCAAGUCCGCCUUCCCUCUGCCCGGACGCAAGAGCAAAGGAACGCCCUCCAACGACAUCUGAGCGCUGAAACCCUGGAACGAGUCAGCAUUUCACCACUUCCUGUCCCCUCUUUAAUUGUUCUUUCGAAUGUGUUUUGGGUUGUUAGUCUGAGAUAAGGUAUGUGGGAAACACUAGCUGAAGGUUUGUCUGCCACAGAGAUUAUUUUCUGCAAUAAUCAGAAAUCCGAUUGGAUCAGGGAGAUGCUGCCUUCAGGGUCAACCUACAAAAUAGGACAUCCCUACACCACUCUAUAAGCAGCACGACAACAUGCACAGUACUUAUAAGCUUCUGUGUACAUUUGACACAUUCAGAUAGCUAUAUACUACAUAAUUGUACGAGGAAAAGUCCAACAUUUGAAGAGGAAUGCUAAUUUUCUUUCCUACUGAGGAAUAGAUCAGAAGAGUGAUCUCGAACCCAAGUAUGUAUGAACGAUGUGAGAUGCUUUCCAUAGUCAGUGUAUUACCUCCAGGUUGUAGAAACAGACAGGAGUACCAGAAGGAAGCUAAGCUACAGUAUGUACAUAUUUAAGACGCAUAAAACCCCCAUCAUUAGGUGAAGUUUACGCUGUAUAUAGAAUAUUAUCAUCCUUUACUUUGCUGGCAGUCGGCUCUUAUGAUGAGGAACUGUAGCCGAUAUCUCUCCUCUUCAAAGCCUCCAGACUCCAUUGAUAAAACUGUAUUUCUACACAGACUAAUCACUCUGAGCAACAGCAGAACAGUAAAUCCUGUAUUGAGCUGUGUUUACUAAUCCAGUGAGGAUGCAUUUCUUUGUUUACAGCAAACCAAACAGAAGUAGCUCCUUCACUGUUUUUCAUUGAAGGGGGAAAACUUUCUUUAGCACUUUAACACCAAAGAUUUGACACAACUCACACACAGAUCUUAUGGAUUUACCUUUUAUAAAAACCCUUUAUGUUUACUCACCAUUUCAACUGAACUGUAUAUAUACUGACAGUUCUGUCCAUACCAUUCAACGAGUCAGUGGUUGCUGAAAUGAUCGUUAUUUAUCCCAAGAGAUUCCAAUCCAGGAGCUCAGUCCGUAGGAAUUUAGUGACUCGGAGCUCGCCAGUUCAAGUGCCCCACCGCAGAAAAUCACUUUGACACUAAACCACCCCAAAUUGCUUCCACCUAUUUUUUUACAUUGGAAUUGCAGUAUGCAAUGCAAGCCCUAACCUAACACUAAGCUGUGUGCUGUAUUUCCACAAAACUACUGUCUGCUAAAUCGAACUAACCCAGCCUGAUGUUUGCUCUUGUGAAGGUUACCCCUAUUUCUCACAUUUGCACUUGUACGUCCGGAAGAGGAUUAGGGCCACAUGUGGAACAUAUUGAGAUCUCACCAGAAGAGAUUCUUAAAGAUAAUCUCAGAAUAUUUACUUUUUUUACACAGAAGUCAAAAAUCUGAAAAAAAGUCAAAAUAAUGAAACAUCUCCAAAAUCGGAGGAAAACUUUAAAUUCUGAGAAAAACUUUAAAUUCUGAACGAGAGGUGAAAUAAAAAAAUUUCAAAAUGCAGAAAAAGUAAAAAUUCUGAGGAAAGUCAACAUUCUUAAAGAGAAAUCAGAAUGAAGUACAAGUUCUCACUUCAAUCUCCGAAUUACGAGUAAAAAGCCAAUUUUGAGUAAAGCACAUGUUGCCCUAAUCCUCGUCCCUAAAUCUGCAAUCUCUUUACAGCCGGUAUAGAUGAUUCCAGCAACCGGUCACUCUUCCAACACAUCUGUAAUCGGUGUGCAUUAAGUAAAAAAACGUCAUGAGUAUCUCCUUAAAUCUGUAGCACCAAACUCACAAAAGCUGCACUCCACCUGUCUUUUUUUCAGACAGAUUACUCGUGUGUAUUGUAAUUUCCCACGUGAUGUGAAUGCAGCAUUCGUCCAGUCCAUCUCAUAUUAAUAUGAAUAUAUAUAUUAAGGCCUGGCAGCAAUAAUACUCAUGGUGCUGCGCUUACUUGUGAUGUAGUUGCACUCCUGUGUUUUCCAGCCUGUGUAAUCCAAUAGGGCUAAUGUGUCUAACAGUAGGAAAUAUUUAUUUUUAAACUAAUUUAUUUUUGUCACUUUAAUGAGCCACAUUCCUCGAGUUCUUUUGAAAAAAUGAUGAAUCAAUGUGAAGGAUGAUCUGCGCUGUUUCUCUUUGUGUUCCCUUAAAGUAAUAAUGUGCUGCUAGUAGAACAGAGGUAGUGAAUCGUUCUAAUGAGAUGCACUGAAUAAAUUGUAGCCUCUUGGUUUUAAA